GUGGAGGUCUGAGGAGAUGUGGGCAGAAACCUUGCUGGGAGAUGGGCAAUUGCCUUCACUCCCUCCCUCUCUUGGGGACACGAUUUGUGGCUGGCAGCGAUGCCUGGAAUGAAGAGAACCAUGAGCAGUGAAUGUUUGUUACCUUAUUACACUGCCCACAGCUACCGAUCCAUGGGCGUGUUCAACACCUCCAUGGGAAACCUACAGCGACAACUAUACAAGGGAGGAGAGUAUGAUAUUUUCAAGUAUGCACCAAUGUUUGAAAGUGAUUUUAUCCAGAUUAGCAAGAAAGGAGAGGUGAUUGAUGUCCAUAACCGAGUCCGAAUGGUGACUGUAUGCAUCGCGUCCACCAGCCCAGUCCUCCCACUUCCUGACGUCAUGCUGCUGGCCCGACCGGCUAAAGUCUGUGAAGAACAUGCUAGACGGGCCCGGUUCAUCAAGGGGAGAGGUCGCAAGCCUCCAAAGACUUUGGAGCUCACCAGGCUGCUCCCUUUGAAGUUUGUCAAGAUCUCCAUUCAUGACCGUGAGAAACAGCAGCUGCGCCUGAAGCUCGCCACAGGCCGGACUUUCUACCUGCAGCUGUGUCCCUCUUCUGAUGCACGAGAAGACCUCUUCUGCUACUGGGAAAAGCUUGUCUAUCUCCUGAGGCCACCGACAGACAGCUGCAGCAGUAGCCCGACCCUUCACACUGGUAACACAUCUAUCCUGGAGGACAACAAAAGCCUACUCGGCUCAGACAUCCACGGAGAAGGGGAUCAGGAUUCUGUGCGUCAAAAGCUCCGAGAUGUGUCAGGAGCCAACUCUGCUGCAUUUGCAGGAGGAGAGGGAACACAACCAUCUACGACAGCUGCUGCAGCCGCUGGUGUACGAGGACCUGCCAAAGGGGCAGCAGCAGGGGCGGUAGGUGGCACAGUGGCUGCAGGAGUAAUAACAGGCCCCUCAGCAGGGGUGGCAAAAGCAGGGACAGCUGCAAGCUCGACCUCGGGUGCUUUAAGCAUAGCAACAACCAGGUCUCCGGGCUCAAGCCAGGUAGCCACAGCUCUGGCAGGCACAGGCAGCAAAGAUUCAGGAGGAAGUGGAUCCAGCAAGGCCUUAGCGGCUGUGGCAAACAUAUCCUCAGAAGUUACAGACCUGGUCUUGGCAGGGGCUGCCAGCUCCUCCUCAGAGUCCACUUCCGCAGGGGGUGCUACCAGUGUCACCCCAGAGGGCAGCCUGAGUGUGGUGUUUGCAGGCACCAUGACGACCAAGGGGCCUGCUGCAGACAAACCCGAAGCUCCGCUGCUGUCAACCUUGCAGAGUGAAGGCUACAUGUGCGAAAGGGAUGGAAGCCAGAAGGUGCCCCACAUUGGCUCUGAACCCCGGAAGGAGAAACGGGAGAGACGAGAAAACAAGGACAGAAAUCCCAGCAGGAAAAGUUCCCAUCACCGCAAGACAAGUCACCGAAGCACAGGCAAGGACCGAAGCACAGGCAAGGACCGAAGCACAGGCAAGGACCGAGGCACAGGCAAGGACCGAGGCACAGGCAAGGACAAGACCAAGACCACCCGGAAAUCAUCUUCCCACCGGUCCAUCUCCAGCCCCGGGAAAAAAAGAGAAAGCAAGAAAGGAAAAGCACACAGCAACUUAAAGGGCAAGAGACAUGGCUCCACUCACAAGAGUGAGUCCAGGACUGCUCACAAACCCAGGAAGAGCCAAUCUACAACUAGCUCGGGGUCUGGGAGUAAGAAAUCCAGUAAGAUUAGCUCUUUUUUGAAGAGCUUCCUAAUAAGGCCUACUUCAAAAACAGCAGUCUCCUCACAUAAUAGAGGGGUAGACAUUGUGUCAAAGAAGGUGGAGAAGCACAACGUAGAGGCGAAGAUGGAGAAAGGCAAGGAGGUAGAGUAUAGCAGUACUGUAACCGCCGAGACAAUGGAGAGGAUCAUCUUUGAAGCCAAGUGCGUUUAAUGAGAUCCCAGAGCAGGAAGCUGCGACAGAGAUCAGGACUCAGGAGAGCAGCAUCAGGGAACCAAUACCAGCUUCCCUACUGGCAGUUUCAAUAAUAAAGGUCACAUAAUUCCAAAAGAA